GGCUAUCUGCUUUAUCAUCUAUAAUAAAAAAUACAGCGUAGCGACCUUGUUUAUUAUUAUUUAUAUAUUUCAUUUGUCGAAUUUUAUAAUUGUAGAGUAAACAAUAAUUACGUCUAGUGAAUUACGCCGUUGUGAAUACUAGUAUAGAUAGCAGAAUCCGGCGCUUCAAUACGCAGAAAUAAGUCGAAUUCCUCGCAGUAAGUAACACUACAGGUUUGCUCGUAAUCGUAAACAAACUAUUUUCGCGUGCACGCUAUAAGCUGUUAUCUAUUUUGCUUGUAGGAGUGUGAUGCUCAAUACAUUCAGACUCAGGACUAACGGUAAACAAAUACAAACGACGGUCGGAGAAAGCGUAUAACAUUUCCAACAGAGUGAAAGCCAGUAGUAUAGUGCAGCCGCGUCGCAUCACACAGACGAAAACAUAACCCCAAAAUGUCGUUCGCUGUUGCGACUCUGGUGAUUUUAACAACGGGAGCGGCUGUUUAUUGGUACAUGAACAGACAUAAACCAUUAAAGUAUAUACUGAGUGAACUGAGAUACACGUUGGACAUGCAGGGAGCGGGCGCGGGCGGAUUGAUCGACGACUGGGUGAAUUUGAGGAGAAAUAAAAUAGUGUUGCCAGCUGCGAACAGAAAGAUCGCUGUAGUGACGGGCGGGGCGCGCGGUAUUGGCACUGAAGUGAUAAGAGGAUUACUAAAAGCAAACAUGACGGUUAUCAUGGGCAUAAGGAAGCCGGAGUUGGUUAAAACGUUGUCCGAGACUAUGGAGAAUGGGGAAAAUUUAUAUGCCUUUCAACUUGAUUUACAGUCUUUAAAAUCUGUGAAACAAUUCGCCCAAAAUGUACUGAAAAAAUAUCAUGAGAUUCAUAUUCUAGUCAACAAUGCCGGAAUUAUGUUUGGUGAUUAUAAGUUAACUGAAGAUGGAAUUGAAACUCAAUUGUCAGUUAAUCAUAUUAGUCAUUUCUAUUUGACACAUUUAUUGUUGCCAGCAUUGAAAACUACAGGCAAAGUUGGGGAAGCUUCGAGAGUGGUGAAUGUUACAUCAUGUGCACAUUAUCCAGGAAAAAUAUAUUUUGAAGAUAUUAAUAUGAAUGAACAUUAUGAUACUACAGCAGCCUAUUCACAAUCCAAACUAGCACAGUUGAUGACCGCAAGAUACAUCAACAAGUUGUUGGAAGAAGAGGGUUCCCCUGUCAAGUGUUAUGCUGUUCAUCCCGGAAUUGUUAACACCGACUUAUUUGAGAAAACUUUAUUUAGAAAAUUCUUCCCAUGGGUGAUGAGAACGUUUUUCAAAUCACCAGAAAAAGGAGCUAUUUCUAUACUUCAUGCUUGUUUUAAUAAAGAUUUAGAAAAUAAUGGAGGUUUAUACAUUAGUAAUUGUAUAGAAGGUAUUAGCAGUAGAUACUCAAAAAACAUUGAACAUCAAAAGAAACUGUUUGUAAUCUCAUGUGAUUUAAUUGGUAUUGACAGUAAUGUGUAUGGAAAGAGUGUAUGAUGAUGUAUUUA